AUGGCACCACAGACGCUCCACGCCUCGCUCCCACCGUUCCCUCCCGUCCCGUCUGCACCACUAGUCUCCGUCCGCCUCGGGGCCCUCGAAGCCGGCGACCCCUCGGCUCUCGAAGCACUGUGGGACGCCGCCCGCGGCCUGGGGUUCUUCUAUCUCGACAUGCUGGGCUCGGAGCUGGGCGAAGCGAUUGUGGCCGAGGCUGAACAAUUGAAUCAACUGCAAGAACGUUUCUGGAGCCUGCCCAAUGCCGAAAAGGAUAGAUACGGCCGGCCGCACCUGCACGAUUUCUUUGCGUACCGGUUUGGCGAGAUUGAGGAGAAGGAUGAGAAUGGAGACAAGAUUAGGAACCAGAACUACAAUCCCCGUCUCUGUUCUGACUUCCAGAUUCGCAAAGACGACGUCCUGGGACUCACCCCGCGGCUCGCGUGCCCGCCCAUGAUCCUCGAGGCGCAGGCCCUCCUCGCGUCGUACAUGCGGCACUGCCACGCGGUGAUGGACCUCCUCUUCAUGCACCUCACCACGCUUCUGGGCCUACCACCCAACACGCUGCUCGACUUGCACAAGCUCGAGUCGCGCUCGGGCGACCACGUCCGCUUCACGCGGUCCCCCGUGCAGCCGUUUGACGAAGGGACCGCACGGCGCGGCGAACACACCGAUUUCGGCAGCCUGACCCUCCUGUUCAACUGGCUCGGCGGGCUGCAGAUCCGCACGCCCGAUACCCACCAGUGGGUGUACGUCAAGCCCGUGCCCGGCUCGCCCAUUGUCAACCUCGGCGACGCCAUGGUGACGUUUACGGCGGGCCUGCUCCGGUCCAACAUCCACCGCGUGGUGCCGCCGCCCCCGCCGCAGGACGCGCUGCCGCGCUCGUCGCUCGUCUACUUUUGCCGACCAGAGGACGACGUGGUGCUCCGCCGGCUCACGGGCGGGAUCAUCGACGACCAGCCCGUGUCCGAGUCGAACGAGCCCGAGAUGACCGCCCAGGAGUGGUGGAUGAAGCGUGGGACGGGCCAGCUGCCUGGCAUCUUUACCAAGAAGGGGUUCGAGCCGUUUGUGGGUGGUGGGGACGUGUAUGCGGGUCAGUCAGCCCAGGCGGCCAAGGCUGGCGCGUAG